AAAUAGAUGACCCGAAACGACGCGUCAUUGCACUUCAUGAACGAGUCAAUUUACUUCCGGAUGCCAAUUAUAGCACAUUAAAUUAUUUAAUGGGACAUUUGGAUAAUGUCGCUGAUGGUUCCGGUCUCAAUGAUAUGGGCUGGCAAUGUAAAGUGGUAGAGACAAUUUUGGAAAAUUAUCGG